AUGCCAUUUAUGUUUCCAUUAAGAGACCGUGUGCGAAUAAUUUAUCUAUACAACAAGGUUCUUCUGCAAAGACUAAAGCAUCGCAAAGAAGCUCGAGCACGCAUACGUUUCAUGGUUGAUAAGUGGAAGAUCAAUGAAGAGACUGAUGAAGGGUAUGCAUAGG